UACACAUUUUCAUCUCUGAAUUAGAUUAGACCUCAAUGGACUCCAUGGAUGAAGUAGAGCCAGAACCACCUCCACCGCCGCCCACGCAGUCGCUACCAUUAAUAUCAAACCUCAUUCUGUCCCUUGAACAAGCAACCCUGUUGGCCAAACAGCUCCCUUCCACCACCGACCCAACUCAACUCCUCCUCAUCCAUUCCUCCCUCCACCACGCCCACCACCACCUCUCCACCUUCCUCUCCACAACCCACUCCUCCGCCGCCGGAAACGACCCAAUGGACUUCGGCGGCGAUGAGGAGAAUUCCAAGGUCACAAUUGAGAAGGUGGAGGAGCAGAUGAGGGGCUGCUUCAUUAAGAACAAGAGGGGGAGGAAGAGGCAGCUUUCGCCGUCUGCGGCGCCGGUGGCGGAGGAGAGAAGGCUCGAUGGUGAUGGGCUUGAGGGGAGUAUGGUGGGUUAUGAUCCUCAUGAAACUAAGUCGAGGGCAUUGGAGCUUGUGCACCAGUUUCAUUUGUGAAGUAUGAAGCAGAGCAGAAACAGGGGAAAAACAGAGGUGUGUUGAUGAGUUCACAAGAAAUGAUUUGGGCGAUUUUGUUUGUGUUUGUACGAGUAGCUGCAUGGAAUACAAAUGCUCAACAUUGUGAACUUGAAUGAUUAUGUAGAUUAUAGGAUAAUUGCAGUAGCAUGUUGAAUAUGAAAAUUGUUCUGCAUUUUCAUUGAUGCUUUAA